AUGAUCACUACAACACCAUAUGAUGAUCUCGAAGGAGACGAACAUGCAGAUUAUCAGGAGUGUAAUUGCGAUUUUCGUCCGUAUAAAGACCCAAGCAACCCCUGGAGCUUACAACGAGCAUUAGCUCUCCAAUUUGGGUUAUUUUUGAAUAAGAACCAUACAUGUUCCAAUUGGGGUGCAGGGAUUGAUUUACAGCUAGGUACUUGGAAAUUCCAUAAUGACAAAUUAAGACGAGAACAACGGCAGAUCAGAGAAGAACUUGAGUUAUACGCAAUCAACGAUGUUAUAGCGGUGUGGUUUAUCAUGAUUCAUCAGAAAUUAUACAAGUUAAACAAGAAGCGGGGUCGCCGACGUUCAACCGAUGACUCGCUAACAUCGACAACAGUUAUAAUACCAUCUGAAAACAGAAUAAACAGAACCGUGAGUAUAGGUACAGUAUUUUACACUCCAGUAACAGAACCAGUAACACCAACAUCCGAUUUUGAAGUCCAGGAAAAAUUAACAAUAGUUAAUCAUGCAACUGAAACAGUGGAAUUAUCAGUACCAUCAGUAAUGGCACAACGAAUUCCAAUCAUAGCAACAACAUUACAAAAUACACAAGACACACCUAUGGAUUUGGACGAACUGCCGGUAGGGGACCGGGUUUUUUCCGGCCCCACGGACAUGCCAGAUUUAACUAUAGUACCAUCUAGUGAAAAUCAACCCCGUAAUAGUAUUGCAAUACAAAAACGACCGUCAUAUCUCAUUCUCGCUGACAGCCACCUUAAACAUCUACCAGAACGUCUUCGACAGCCGAACUAUGACGUUGAUAUUAAAAUUGUGCGAGGUGCUGAAUGGAUUAAUCAAUACGAUCCAAAAUUGUCCAUACAAUCAAUCAUUAGUCUACUUGAAAUUAUUGAAGCAGUUUCUCGUCGGUAG